AUUAAUUCUUUUCUAGUGGAAUCUGCAUGUUACGAUCAUCAAUGUAACCAAAAAGUCAAAACCAUACAUCUUUUGCAAUCUUUGUUUCAAUAUAUACGUGUUACACUCGAGAUUAAUGCUCCAUCUUUAUAGGCGCAGCCAAAAAAAGCCAAAAACAUUUCUUUCAGUGUCUGUUUGAACUUCAAUCUUUGCGUUAAUAAACACAAAUACAGAGCGACAGGAAUAUAGCUUUACGAGAGUCUGUGCGUAAGGCAUUUAGCCUUUGUCUUUAUGUUCUUGAUCUCUUCAAUUCUGGGAUUCUGAGUGGUCGGUUUUUAGCCCAUCUUUUGGAGAUUGGAGAACAAAAUCUUUGUGGAUAAAUUUUCUCGAAUUUCCGCUUCUGGGUUUCAUUGGAAAUGAGCUUUCUUGGGCGCUGAAAGUUUGGUUCUUUGAGUGGCUGAAUUCUUCCAGUCUUUUCUUCUAGUUCUGGAUGAAGAAAUUUUAUCUCGGGGUUUGGAGAUAAGUUUUAUCAUCGUACUAAGCAUAAAAGGUACUGUUUUUUAUUUGGGUUAUAUUUCAAAAGGUUGCUUCUUUGGAUUAAAUUCAUCUAAACUGAAACCCAUUAUUUUCCCUAGGGAUUUUUGUUGAAGUUUUUAGAAACAGACAAUUUGCUGUCUUGAUUUAGAGUUAGUGUAGAAUUUGUGGUGAGAAAGGUUUUUGGUCUUCAAGUUGUUGAAAAGUGAAAAAGUCUGUAGUUUCAGAGGCUUGUUGGGAGAUUUGUGUUCGAUGAUGGAGAAACAGAGUAGUUUCAGAGGUGUAACAAUGGAGAAACAGCAGAGUUUUCGAAAUGGGGUUAUGGAAAAACAGAAGAGUUUCAAAGGGUUGAUAGAGAGGCAAAAGAGCUUUAGGAUAGCAAUGGAGAGGCAGCUGAGCUUUGGUGUUGAGAGAAAAAGAGGGAAGGAUUCACCUGGGAAACGAGGCGAUACGCCUCUCCAUCUCGCUGCUCGAGCAGGGAAUUUAGCUAAGGUGAUAGAAAUUCUUAACAAGUUUAAUGGUAUAGCCAUAAAAGAAUCACUAUCAAAGCAGAACCAGGAGGGUGAGACAGCUCUAUAUGUUGCUGCUGAGAAUGGGCAUGCCAUGGUUGUUACAGAAUUUCUGAAACAUAUAGACCUCGAAACCGCCUCCAUUGUCUCCAACAAUGGCUAUGAUACCUUCCAUGUUGCGGCUAAGCAGGGUCAUCUUGAAGUGCUGAAGGAACUCUUGAAUGUUUUCCCCAAUCUAGUGAUGACUACAGAUUCAUCGAAUUCUACAGCCCUGCAUACUGCUGCAGGUCAAGGGCAUGUUGAAGUUGUAAACUUGCUUCUUGAUAUUGAUUCGAACCUUGCUAAAAUAGCUCGGAACAAUGGGAAGACGGUGCUCCACACAGCAGCAAGAAUGGGUCACUUGGAAGUGCUGAAAUCCCUUUUAAGCAAGGAUCCCGGUAUUGGGUUCAGGAUGGACAAGAAAGGCCAAACUGCUUUGCACAUGGCUGUGAAGGGGCAAAAUGUUGAUAUUUUGCUUGAAUUAAUCAAACCAGAUCCAAAGGUACUGAGUUUAGAAGAUAACAAGGGAAACACAGCACUCCAUACUGCAACGAGGAAGGGACGGGCUCAGAUUGUUCGGUGCUUAGUAUCUGUUGAGGGUAUCAAUAUCAAUGCAGUUAACAAGGCAGGAGAAACUGCUCUUGACAUUGCAGAAAAGCUUGAAAGUCGAGAGAUUUCAACUAUUUUAAGGGACGCGGGAGCUGUGCAUUCUAAAGAUCAUGGGAAGCCUCCGAGUGCUGCAAAACAACUCAAACAAACCGUUAGUGACAUAAAGCACGAUGUUGAAUCCCAACUUCAGCAGAGCCGACAGACUGGGUUCCGUGUUAGAAAGAUAGCAAAAAAAGUGAAGAAACUACACAUCAGUGGCCUUAACAAUGCCAUAAAUUCUUUAACAGUCGUCGCUGUCCUGAUUGCUACCGUUGCUUUUGCUGCAAUCUUCACUGUGCCAGGGCAAUAUGUUGAAGAGGAAACCAAAGGGUUUUCUCUUGGGGAAGCCCACAUAGCCAAAAAGGCAGCUUUCAUAGUCUUCUUCUUGUUUGACAGCAUUGCAUUAUUCAUAUCCAUAGCUGUUGUGGUUGUCCAGACAUCCUUGGUUGUGAUUGAACAAAAGGCGAAGAAACAAAUGGUGUUUGUAAUAAACAAGCUCAUGUGGGCAGCUUGCCUCUUCAUCUCAAUCGCGUUCAUCGCCCUUACUUAUGUGGUGGUUGGAUCUCGGGAAAGAUGGCUUGCCAUCUAUGCAACUGCAAUAGGCGGCGUGAUAAUGCUAACUACAAUUGGGUCCAUGUGUUACUGUGUGGUACGGCAUCGGUUGGAAGAGUCGAGGAUGAGAAAUAUAAGGAGAGCUGAGACACUGUCGCGUUCUUUUUCAAUGUCCAUGGUAUCAGAUCCAGAGCUUUAUAAUGAAAGCUACAAGAGAAUGUAUGCUGUAUAGGAGGAAAAAAUGGAAGAAUAUCUGGCAAACCUUUUUAGUUAGUCUUGUACCUACAUACAGAGAUGAAUAUGGAAGAAGAAGAAGAUGAAAUCACCAGUAAAUCUUGUUUGUUUCCUUUAGGAAUUGUUCUCAUAAUAUUAGCCAGCUCAGGACAAGCCAGUCAUCAAUGUUUGACUCCAUUGCUGCAACAAUAUUGAGAUCAGAUUGCAAAUCAUAGGAACAAGGUUCAAAUGGCUGAUAUGUUGUAGUUACUAUUUUGAUCCAUUGUCUAUUCCCAAGUAAAGGUUGUAAAGUUACCAUGACAUUACUGUAUUCAAUAAUAUAAUAUAAAUCUCUUCAUGAA